ACUUUGACAGGAUUGCUUGAAAGAGUUGGAACGAGACAUGGAACUCUCCUUUGCUGUUCAGCGAAGUAUUGAAAAGUGCUGCGGGAUAUGUAUGGAUACCAUAAUGGAAAAAGAACCACCAAAUGAAAGACGAUUUGGGAUAUUAGAGAAAUGUAAUCACAUUUUUUGUCUCAGCUGUAUUCGUAAGUGGAGGAGCACCAAACAGUUCUCUUCAAAAAUUAUCAGAGCUUGUCCAGAAUGCCGUGUUCCGUCUGACUUUGUCACACCAAGCCAAUACUGGGUGGAAUCAGAAGAAGAAAAAAAGAAAAUUAUAGAUGAUUAUAAAAAAGCAUUAAGUAUAAAGCCUUGUAAAUACUUUAAACAAGGGCAGGGGGUGUGUCCAUUUGCUGGAGCUUGUUUCUAUCUACACGCAUAUCCUGAUGGCAGGAAAGCUGACCUUCCGCCUCCCAGACCUCGUCAUCAGAGGAAUCGUGAUAGAGAUCUCGAGUCAAUUGAUAGAAUGCUUUUGUGGGAUUUCUUUGACCUUCAUGAUGAUCAGAUACUCUUCCACCUGGAUCUUGAAGAUGUUUUAGACUUAUUUACAGAUUCUGACGAUGAUUCAGAGUAUAGUGAUUUAGACGAGUAGAAAAUUCUUGUUGGAGUGUUUAGAUUUCGUUAAUUUUGUAAGAUAUCUCACAGAACCAUUGGUAUUAUCCGACAUCUGUAGGGCUGUAUCUAUUAGGUAAACUAUGUCACAUAACAGUGGUUGUAUCCAUUCUCUUUAUAACAUCUAUUCCAAAAGCCAGUUAUUAUUGACUAACAAAACAUUUUCCCACGAUAUUAAUGACGUUUUUAUUGCUUUGAAAUAGAAGAAAAAUAUCAGGCCUUUUCCUCAUUGGCCUUCAUUGUCAGAAUUUUGUAAAUUUUCAAACUUAAAAGAAUUGCACUUUGCUUCAAUUAUGUUUAAUAUUUUUUCUUCUCUCGGUAAUCCUUUUCUGCCACCUGGUGUUGUAAAAAUAAAUUAUUUCAAAAACUGUUGAAAAUGUAACUUUGUAUGAAAAAGUUUUCUGCUCUCCUUUUUUUUAUGCUUAAGUGAAAAAAAAAUGUUUUGUUACAAAAUUCCAGCUCUUAAAGAAAAAAAAGAUUGUAUAAAAAAAUCUUAAAACUAGAAACAGAAAAUUUAAAUUGUUAUAUUUCCUAAUCUAAAGAUUUCAAUACAUUGUGUUUAAUAUUUCCUAAGUGUUUGCUUGGAGUAGAGUGAGUUUUACGCUGUUUUUGUGAAGUAUUAAAUGAUUUAAAUUGUUUUGUUUAAAUUAAUAUACUCGGGUACUAUUUCGGAUCAAAUGUUUGUACUAAACUUUCUCGAGCUACUUGAUUAACGAUAAUUCUAGUCCUUUCAUUGUGUGUUGUUCUUGUGUUACUGCAGUGGGUCCAGAAGUUUGCUUCUAACGAUAACUUUCAUCGAUUGGGAUCCGACAAAUUAAUAGACAUGCCCUACCUGUUACUGGUUUGUAACUUUAAAAUAAACCACUUGGUUUCAGAGGAUCAUCUCAUACUUGUUUCAUGAAAUAAAAUUCUGUUGUAAGACUCGAAGAAUGCUAACAACGUUUAUUAGUCGCCCACCGUUUGUUAAUCAUGUUUUCUCUUUUAAUACCACGAACAUUUCUUAAAGAUAUAAGGAUACAUAGAUGACUUAAAAACAUUUCUUAAAGAUAUAAGGAUACAUAGAUGACUUAAAAACAUUUCUU